CGCCAAGUGAUCGGUAAAUCAGUGGUGCCGUGAGAUGCGUGCCCGUAGUCCUGUGGAACAUUUCAGCAGUGUGUUCGGUAGUGGUUGUGGAGUGUUGUGUGUGGCUUGAUGUAUUCUUGAUGGGAUGUCUCAAUACGAUGCCAUAAUACACCUCUUGGCUGGAGGUUUGGGUGGAACAGCCGGUGCCAUCGCCACCUGUCCUCUGGAAGUGGUGAAAACGCGCCUGCAGUCGUCGGUAGCGAAUUUCCACUUCCUCUCCUCCGGGCCCGGCGGUUCUCCGGCGGCAGUCCAGUCUCUCGCCGAGCGUUUGGGCCUCAAUGCCUGCACGUGCACGCCGACGCCAACGGGUGGAAGCGGCGGCUUCACUACCUCGGUGAUCAACGCCAACAACACGAGGGCGCCAUCCAUAGGAAUAUGGCGCUGCCUGAAGCAAAUAGUCGAGAUGGAAGGCACCAAGGCUCUUUUCAAGGGUCUCGGACCUAACCUGGUCGGAGUGGCGCCUUCGAGGGCCAUCUACUUCUGUACAUACUCCAACUCCAAGAGCAUCUUCAACGAGCUUCUUCCUUCGGAUACUCCCAUUGUACAUAUCUGUUCUGCAGCCAGUGCUGGUUUUAUGUCCUGCACGGCAACCAACCCCAUCUGGUUCGUGAAGACGAGGCUCCAACUUGAUCAAAGGAUGUAUGGCAGCAUCUCUGCUCUGCAGUGCAUUCGUGACAUCUACCAGAGGCAUGGACUGCUGGGUUUCUACAAGGGGAUCACUGCUUCAUACUUUGGCAUCUCCGAAACCAUCAUCCACUUUGUCAUCUACGAGUUCAUCAAGGCUCAACUGCGACAACGCAAGGAGUCCUCGAGGGACUCGUACAACCCUGAUGUCAAGUCUACUCGAGACUUUGUACAGUUCAUGGCCGCAGGUGCCGUCUCCAAGACCUGUGCCUCCACCCUCGCCUACCCACAUGAAGUGGCGAGGACGCGGCUACGGCAGGAAGGCGACAAGUACCGGUCCUUCUUCCAGACGCUGUUCCUGGUGUGGCGUGAAGAAGGCUACCAGGGCCUGUACCGGGGCCUUGCAACGCAGCUCGUGCGCCAGAUCCCCAACACGGCCAUCAUGAUGGCCACCUACGAGGCAGUCGUCUACAUGCUAUCGCCACCCGUGUACGGAGCCUCUCUCACUAACGACGACUGAAGUUCCUCACUGGAAGCUCCCCCGUCCCAGUACGAGGGCACUGCAGAUCUCGAGUGCUGGGCACGUUGUGACCAGAGUGUUCUUUCGCUCUAGCACGUUAGCUGCUUGAGCGAGACUCUCCUUUUUCUGGUGUUUUUUUUUUUUCUUAGCUGUUAGCAUUAGCACCAUCCGUGUGUCACUUAAGGCAUUUGGAAAGUGGUCCAGAAAAGAGUCAACUGGCAAAAACUACUUUUUAAUUAUUUACUGUGGAAUCUAUUAGCAUUCUUUACUGUGUAUGUAUGCCUGCAGUGAGUCUUCUGGACAAGUGAUCCAAAACCGCGAUGUAUUGCAGUCACAAUGUUGAUUCUUUUGUUUCCUUUUUCGUGCUCUGGUCAUAAUGGCGAGCCCGGCCACAUAAAAAAAUGGCGUCCUUAACAAAUGCACUUCUUCGUGCCAAGGAUUCAUCGACGAGCAAGCGAUGAUUUUUUACUCCUUCUGUCGCAGGAAGGUUCUGAAGCUUGGAAGGCUUCGGUGUUGUGAACAAUUCUUGAACGAUUAUGUGCGUGCGUGGCUGUGCGCGUGUGACGGCUGGUCUCGGUCCACUUGUUAGGAGACCCGAAGUCCUCAAGCAGCCUGUCAUUUUGUGUUGUGUAAAUAGUAUACGAGUGGACAAUAGUUUCCUCUGUACAUACUUAGUUCGCUAUCGCACUAAUGUUAUUUGUACACCGUUUCGUUAUUUGUAGUGCUGUUUACGUGUCACAUUUUCUCUUGCUGUUGGUACAGCCUGGAAUUUGGAAUAUAUUGGAUAAUAACAACAAAAGUAUAGCAAGAUCAGUGCUAUAGAUAUUAUUUUUUUUUUAUUGGGGGAAGGGGCUCAGUCGCACUAAAAUAGUUUGUCGUACUAAAAUAGUUUGAGACUAUAGACUGCCUAAACUGUUUUUCGAAGUCUAUAGACUGUCUAAAUUUAUUUUUGUAGGGGAAUGUGAAUGCCUGUGCGAGCGCUUUUGGAAAAGCUUUCCAUUUUUUUCUUAUUAAAUACUAUAAAUCAUUCACUUUUCAAUAUGGGAUGAAAAAAGUACACAUGAAUUGAACGUGGUGUUUUAAGUACAUUACUGCACUUCGGGAAGGUAGCCAAUCAGGGGCUACAAAGAUCUGCCUUCGCAAAUUAUCCUGAUCAAAUGAACGAGUACAUAUUGCGUUGUUAAAUUCUGUUUGGGUGUCAUCAAUGACCACGUUGUGUGUGUCUGGACAGGCCCCAUUUUUGGGGGACGUACCAAGUUCGUUCCGGUGGAUCGCAAAUUUGCCGUUUCGGAGAAGCCUCGUUUUGGGCAAGUACAAAAGGGUAGUUUCUUUCCGGCCGCGUACAAAAAACUGUGCCAGCCAUGUUUGUCGAAAGUGCCUUAUUAAUGUGUACCGAAAAUUAAAAAGCUGUAGCAUGUGCGUCUGAGGACCAGACACAGGCGAAGCAGAGAGGUUCUGGAUUUUUUUUAUUGAUGACAAACCGCGAUGCUUUCAGUGUACACCCGAAAAUCUCUGUUCAAUAAAGUGGCAGCAAGUGU